AUGGAUCCUUCAUCUGGAAGAGAACAAGAAUUUUGUUACUGUAUUAGAAUGCCCAGUAAUGAAGGAUUUGGUAUCCUGAAUUUCAGUGUUAAAAUUGCUACUUCCUGGGUUUUCCAGGAAUUAGAAGAUGCAGGCACACCUGAUGAAAAUGUAAACAGUGCUGGAGAAGAGAAUUUGAACCACAGAAUAAAAGAGCUGGAAAAGUCAGAGCAACAACUGAAAGGUGUUCUAGAGGACUACAUGGAGUCAGAUUCCAUCCUAAAAAACAGGAUGAAAGAGCUGGAGCUGUCACACAAAACACUUCUUGUGAUGAUUGAUCGACUGUAUGUGAAGCUGGACCAGGUUGAAAAUGCCAAUGUGCGCAUUAAAGGGAAACUGCGAGACAUUCAGGAGGACCUGAUCAGCUUGGUUGAAAACCAAAAGAAGUCAGAGAAGAAGCACAAGGAAAAAUUGCGUUGGCUUCAGGAGCAGCUGAAGACAAAAGAGGAUGAAAUAAAAAGCCAGUCAGAAUAUUUUGAGCACUACAAACAAAGGCAGAGACAACAGACAGAAGUACUGAGGAAAAGGGACUGUUACCUUCAGGGUGAGGUAUCUAGGCUGGAAAAGCAAGUCCUAGAUCUUAAUGCCCAUAUUGCUCUUUUGACAUCCAAGUUAGAAGAGGGAGUGGUGCAGCACCUCCAGCAGAAGCUGCAGUCAUUGUGCAGUGGGACUCAGGGCUUUAAACACCCUGGUGUGGAAGAAAUGGAGUGGAAGACUUGUAUUGAAAAUGUGGAGCAUGAUGUGAAAAGCCACCUCAAGGCAUUUCAGCAAAACCUGAAGUCCUUGAGGGAGAAAGAAGAGGACACUAGAAGAGAACAGGCAGACCUGCUGACUGAACUGCAGUUCUCUCAGAACACUGAAGACUUUCUCAGAACAAAAUUGGAAGAAUCUCACCAUCACAUCUAUAGUUUAAAAUUAUCUGAAAUCAAACUACAGGAAAAAUUGGAAGAGCUUUUAGAUGAAAACAGAACUUUGAAAGAUCAAAGUACUGUGAAGUUGAAAAGGAGUAAAGAAAAGGACUCUGAACUUACAAGAUUGGUGGAUGGGGACAACAGGGUUAACCUGUGCUUUACCAUAACAGAAGCACCAGUCUGUAGUUGUGAUGGACUGAAGCAGAUGGAAGAGCUACCAGAAGAACUUGUACCUGUUUUGGAAUGUAGUUCCAGUGCCUUUGCGAAAGUUGCUCGUCUAGCUGAGACUGAGCAGGUCACCCUUGGACCACAGAGGGCAAAUACUCUAGAGGACAGUUUCACUUUGCUCAGGUGUACCCCAAGUCAUCAUGCAUCAGGACUGCUUCCCCCUUGUUCUGAGAAGUUACCCAAUGAUGAGACAAGUAAGGAAACCAAAGAUGAGGAAACCUUUUUUCUCAUGGAUGAACACACUAUAACUCUACCAGUGAAGACAUUCCCUGCUUCUGUGGUUGAAAUCUUAAUGAGGAAGAAGCUCCAACUCAGCUUGUUUGCAUCUGGAAGAUGCCACAUAACGGCUUUCACCACUGAGAAGAAAGUGAGGAGUUUGAGUUUCUGUGAGACAAAUACCGAUCUUUGGUCUGAUGGUCUUUGCAUUGUUGCAGAAGGAGGAUUUUAUGACAGAGCUACUGAACUUCUUCAUGGAAAGUUGCCUUCCACUGUGGCUGAAAUUUUCACAACAUCUCUAGAAGAAUGCAACGUGGAAAAACAUUGGGGAAACAAGCAAAUUCUAACAAAAAACGUAAGUAAAACCAAAUGCCUGGAUAAAGAUGUUGAUGAUGAAAAGUAUCACCAAAACAUCUUUACAGGGGGAGCUAGAAGAGAAGAAAUGCAGAAUGACGAUGCCUAA